CGACGCUGUCAGUGUGACGUAUAAUCUAGUGGACGGUUCUUUAGAAACAGCUGGUCAAUCACCUCAGAAGCUUGCUAGCCAACAUAGCCGAAAGAUUCAAGCUAUUUACACGCUUUCGGUGUAUAUUAGCUACUGUGUUUUAGAUACACUUCUGUCGUAUCUACUUGUAAACCUAUUUAAUUUAAUAUUACGUUAUUUUGUAUUAGUCAGCUAUAGUAGCUGGCUGGUUAAGUUAGCAUUAGCCUAGUCGCUAAUGAUAACUAACAUCCCCGAACAUGAGCUCCCUAAACUACUCUCCUCCUGUUAAAGAAGAGGUCUGCUGGACGGAGAAAGAAGCUCUGGGACUGAACAUUGUCGUGAAAGAGGAGAAGGAAGAGGAGGAUGUUACAGUUAAACAAGAAGUAGAAGGUGAGGCUGUUACUGUGAAAGAAGAAGAGGAGGAUGUCUCAGUGAAAGAAGAGGAAGACGCGUUCAGAGUGAAAGAGGAGGAGGAUGUUACAGUAAAAGAAGAGGAUGCAGUUUUUGAAGUGGAAGGAGAGGAGACAGGAGAGAGAUGUGACCAUCGUGGAUCCUCUGGGGAGCCUCAACAACAUCAUGAUGCUGAUGAGGCAGAGAAGAGUCUCUCCGGAUCAGAACACCUCAAGAAACACCAUCAGAGACCCACAGGAAGGAAACCUCACUGCUGCUCUGACUGUGGGAAACAUUGCAAAUCUUCAUCAAAACUAAAAAUACACCAGCGAGUACACACAGGAGAGAAGCCUUAUAGCUGUGAUCAGUGUGGCAAGAGUUUUACUCAGUCAAGUAGCCUGGUAUCACACAAGAGAACCCACACAGGAGAGAAGCCUUAUAGCUGUGAUCAGUGUGGCAAGAGUUUUACUCAGUCAAGUAGCCUGGUAUCACACCAGAGAACACACACAGGAGAGCAGCCAUAUAGCUGUGAUCAUUGUGGCAAGGGUUUUACUCUGUCAACCAACCUGGUAUCACACCAGAGAAUACACACAGGACAUCAGCCAUAUAGCUGUGAUGUAUGUGCAGAUAGUUUUACUACAUCAAGCCAGCUGGUAGUACACCAGCGAGUACACACAGGAGAGAAACCUUAUAGCUGUAAUCAGUGUGGGAAGAGUUUUACUCAGUCAAACAGCCUGAAAUCACACCAGAGAACACACACGGGAGAGAAACCUUAUAUCUGUGAUCAAUGUGACAAAAGAUACUCUCAUUCAAGUAGUCUGAUUAAACAUCAGAAAAUACAUGCAGGAGAUCCACAGAGUGUGGAAUGACCUCCAACACCAGAUUGAUACAGUUGAAGUCGGAGGUUUACAUACACCUUAGCCAAAUAUAUUUAAACUCAGUGUUUCACAAUUCCUGACAUUUAAUCAUAGUACAAAUUCCCUGUCAUAGGUCAGUUAGGAUCACCACUUUAUUUUAAUGUGAAAUGUCAGAAUAAUAGUAGAGAGAAUUAUUUAGUUCAGCUUUUAUUUCUUUUGUCAGAUUCCCAGUGGGUCAGAAGUUAACAUACACUCAAUUAGUAUUUGGUAGCAUUGCCUUUAAAUUAUUUAACUUGGGUCAAAUGUUUCGGGUAGCCUUCGACAAGCUUCCCACAAUAAGUUUUGGCCCAUUCCUCCUGACAGAGCUUGUGUAACUGGGUCAGGUUCAUAGACCUCCUUGCUCAAACACACAUUUUAAUUUAUUUAACCUUUAUUUAACCAGGUAGGCUAGUUGAGAACAAGUUCUCAUUUGCAACUGCGACCUGGCCAAGAUAUAAGCAAUUCGACACAUACAACAACACGUAGUUACACAUGGAAUAAACAAAACAUACAGUUAAUAAUACAGUAGAACAACAGAAAACAAUAAGUCUAUAUACAGUGAGUGCAAAUGGGGUAAGAUAAGGGAGUUAAGGCAAUAAAUAGGCCAUGGUAGCAAAGUAAUUACAAUUUAGCAAUUAAAAACUGGAAUGGUAGAUGUGCAGAAGAUGAAUGUGCAAGUAGAGAUACUGGGGUGCAAAGGAGCAAGAUAGAUAAAUAAAUACUGUAUGGUGAUGAGGUAGAUAGAUGGGCUGUUUACAGAUGGGCUAUGUACAGGUGCAGUGAUCUGUGAGCUGCUCUUUACACAUUUUCUAUGGGAUUGAGGUCAUGGCUUUGUGAUGACUACAAUACCUUGACUGUGUUGUCCUUAAGCAAAUUUUGCCACAACUUUGGAAGUAUGCUUGGGGUCACUGUCCUUAUGGAAGACCAAUUUGCGACCAAGCUUUAACUUCCUGACUUAUCUCUUAAGAUGUUGCUUCAAUAUAUCCACAUCAUUUUCCUUCCUCAUGACGCCAUCUAUUUUGUGAAGUGCACCAGUCCCUCCUGCAGCAAAGCACCCCCACAACAUGAUGCUGCUACCCCCAUGCUUCAUGGUUGGGAUGGUGUUCUUCGGCUUGCAAGUCUCCCCUUUUUCCUCCAAACAUAACGGUGGUCAUUAUGGCCAAACAGUUUUAUUUUUGUGUCAUCAGACCAAAGGACAUUUCUCCAAAAAGUAUGAUCUUUGUCCCCAUGUGCAGUUGCAAACCGUAGUCUGUCUUUUUUUAUGGCGGUUUUGGAGCCGUGGCUUCUUCCUUGCUGAGCGGCCUUUCAAGUUAUGUCGAUAUAGGACUCGUUUUACUGUGGAUAUAGAUACUUUUGUACCCAUUUCCUCCAGCAUCUUCACAAGGUCCUUUGCUGUUGUGUUGGGAUUGAUUUGCACUUUUUGCACCAAGUACAUUCAUCUCUAGGAGACAGAACGCGUCUCCUUCCUGAACAGUAUGACGGCUGCGUGGUCCCAUGGUGUUUACAUGUGCAUACUAUUGUUUGUACAGAUGAACGUGGUACCUUCAGGCGUUUGGAAAUUGCUCCCAAGGAUGAACCAGACUUGUGGAGGUCUACAAAAACAAUCUGAGGUUUUGGCUGACUUCUUUUGAUUUUCUCAUGGUGUCAAGCAAAGAGGCACUGAGCUUGAUGGUACACCUCCAAUUGACUCAAAUGAUGUCAAUUAGCCUAUCAGAAGCUUCUAAAGCCAUGACAACAUUUUCUGGAAUUUUUCAAGCUGUUUAAAGGCACAGUUAAUUUAGUGUAUGUAAACUUCUGACCCACUGGAAUUGUGAUACAGUGAAAUAAUCUGUCUGUAAACAAUUGUUGGAAAAAAUACUUGUCAUGCACAAAGUAGAUGCCCUAACCUACUUGCCAAAACUAUAGUUUGAUAACAAUAAAUGUUUGUUGGUUGACAAAUGAGUUUUAAUGACUCCAUCCUAAGUGUAUGUAAACUUCCAACUUCAACUGUACAUCUACAUGAUGUAUUGUUACACCAUGUAGGAGCAGUAUAGACCUUGUCUGUUCAUUAUACGCAUCUACAUGAUGUAUUGUUACACCAUGUAGGAGCAGUAUAGACCUAGUCUGUUCAUUAUAUACAUCUAUAUGAUGUAUUGUUACACCAUGUAGAAGCAAGUAUAGACCUUGUCUGUUCAUUAUAUACAUCUACAUGAAAAAAAGAAAUUAUAUUAUUUUAUACUAAUACAAUUGCUCAUAGAAAGAUUUAGUUUAACAUGUCAUUCUCAAAGGCAGGGGUCUGAAUUAUUGCCUCCCAUGUUUUCAAUACUCCAGCACCCUCCCCUUGGGAGGAUAAUGACACUCAAACGUUUUAUGAGAUUAGAGAACACAUUGGGUGGGAUCUUAGACCAUUCCUCCAUACAUAAUCUCUCCAGGUCCUUGAUUUCUUUUGUCUGUGCUUGUGGACUGCCCUGUUCAAUUCAAACCACAGGUUUUCAAUGGAGUUCAAGUCCAAAGACUGAGAUAGCCAUUGAAAAUGUUGAUUUUGUGCCCAAUUAACAAUUUAUUUGUGGAUGUUGAUGUGUCUUGUUGGAAGAUCUACUUAUGGCCAAGUUUCAGCCUCCUAGCAGAGAGGAAACCAGGUUUUGGGCUAAAAUAUCCUGGUAGUGGGUAAAGUUUAUUUAUUUAGUUAUUUUACACAGUACUUUUUGCUCAUCUUUAUCAAGGGUAUCAAUAACUAUGUGCUUAUUUUGAUAUCUAGUUAUUUGACUGAAUCAGAAAUACAGAUGUGUAGUAGAUGUAGAGUUUGUUUUUAAUUCCCAUACAAAAAUCUGAACUAAUCAAACUACACUUGUUGCUCUUUGUAUGUGUUGACAUAAUAUUCUUAUUUAAUGGAGAGGGAAAAAACGUUUCCCUAAACUGCUUUAUAAUAUUAUAAUUCAAUGAAGAAGAAGAAAAGUUUUCCCUCAACUGCGUUUCCUCCCUCCAGACAGCAGAUGGCGAUAUGUGUAUUUCAGGCGAUGUUUCUAGUGUGAUGUAUAAUCUAGUGGACGGAACGCUUCUUCAACAACUGCAGCCACCUCGGUAGCUCGCUAGACAACAACGUCGGAACAUUCAAGUUCUUUAGACAAUGCCGUGGUUUAUUUGCCACUAUGAUUUAAACAUACCUAUGUGGAAACAACUAGUUACCGCAUUUAAUUGAAUAGUUACGUAAGUCAACGAGCUGGCUGGUUAAGUUAGCACUAUUCUAGUCGCUAAUGCUAACUAGCUAUUAUCCCCGACCAUGAGCUCACUAAGUUUCUCUCCUUCUGCUGAAGAAGAGGAGGUCUGCUGGACGGAGAAAUAAGUUAUCAUGAAAGAGGAGGAGGAAGAGGAGGCUGUUACAAUACAGAAACAAGUAGAGGGUGAGGCUGUUACAGUGAAAGAAGAAGAGAAAGACGCCUUCAGAGUGAAAGAGGAGGAGGAUGUUACUGUGAAAGAAGAGGAAUAUUCGGUUUUUGGAGUGGAGGAUGAAGUGAAAAAAGAGGAAGACGUUUUAGGAAUGAAGGAUGAGGAGGGAGAUUAGUCACAUUAGAGGAGGAUGAAGAAGAGAAGACUGGAGAACUGAUUAACACCAGAGAGAGACGGGACUAUCGUGGAUCCUCUGGGGAGCCUCAACAACAUCAUGAUGCUGACGAGGCAGAGAAAAGUCUCUCCAGAUCAGAACUCCUCAAGAAACACCAGCAAAGACCCACAGGGAAGAAAUCUAAUUGCUGCUCUGACUGUGGGAAACAUUGCAAAUCUUCAUCAGAACUUAAAAUACACCAGCGAAUACACACAGGAGAGAAAUCAUAUAGCUGUAAUAAAUGUGGGAAGAGUAUUACUCCGUCAAGUAGCCAUAUUAUAUAUGGAAUAAUCGGGAUAUAUUGUAUAAAAAUACCUCUCUGUUUUUAGAAUAUUGGUUCCGAAAUAAUAUCCUAUUGGUGAGCCAACUGUUAAAUGCAGAGGGUCUUUUACUCAGUUAUAAAGAAUUCUUAUUCUUAUACUUUACAAGGUCCCUGUAACACCUAAAGAUUGUGCAAUUGUUUUAGAUGCCAUUCCCUCCGGUGUUGCUUUAUUAUUCAGGAAUAUGUCAAGACCUGACCCUCAGAGCCUACCUUCUAUUGACCCUGUUGACUCAUCAGUAGGAAAGAUUUUUUUCUCUUUUGGUCCAUUCAACAACAGAGAGAUACGAUCCUUGUUUCAGCAGGAUGUUGUAUCUAUACCUUAUGUCGUGCCUUAUUGGAAUGGAUUUAUUGUUCAUAUCUGUUGGGAAAAAGUUUGGAGUUGCCACACACAUACCUACUUGUUAACAAAAUUAAGGAAGUUUCCUUUAAAAUUAUUCAUAAAUAUUAUCCUGCCAACCACUACAGUGCCUUGCGAAAGUAUUCUGCCCCAUUGAACUUUGCGACCUUUUGCCACAUUUCAGGCUUCAAACAUAAAGAUAUAAAACUGUAUUUUUUUGUGAAGAAUCAACAACAAGUGGGACACAAUCAUGAAGUAGAAGGACAUUUAUUUGAUAUUUCAAACUUUUUUAACAAAUCAAAAACUGAAAAAUUGGGCGUGCAAAAUUAUUCAGCCCCUUUACUUUCAGUGCCGCAAACUCUCUCCAGAAGUUCAGUGAGGAUCUCUGAAUGAUCCAAUGUUGACCUAAAUGACUAAUGAUGAUAAAUACAAUCCACCUGUGUGUAAUCAAGUCUCCGUAUAAGUUAGCGACUAGCCUAGUGAUAGGCUAAUUAAUAAAGUCAGAUACCGUUACCCGACUAAACGGAAAUAUGACAUUAAACAGGGAAACUAGUUAAAAGACAUAAUUAUGUUUCAAAUACAGAGGCAAAUAUACACCGAAGCAGUCUGAACAGCUUGAAUGAUUCCGCUAGGAAGCUACCAAGGUGAAUGAAGACUAGCGUGGUUAAUGCAGAUACAUUUUCAUUUUAUUUCCAGGCAAAAAGUGCAUUUUUACUUUUCUUUCAAUAAAUAAUAAUAUAAUAGUCAGACAACUGCAGAUUUGUAAUAAGUAUGAAUUUAAAACCUACUUCCACAUUCUACCAACACAACAGAUGUUUCUACUACAGGGAAUAUUGACCAAUGAGGUGGGUCUUUCCACAUUCUACCAACCCAACAGAUGUCUCUACUAUGAAGCAACGCUUUCAGGUUAAUUAAAGUUUAAUUCCCAAAUAGCCGAUACAGGUUUGGUCAUUAUCAGGUAUUGGAGCGUUGAAAGAUGAUGCACAACAACGGUUUCUUCCAGGAAACCACGACUCCAAUAACCACCGCAGUCGAAAUAACUGUAAAGUACAUCACCAUCGAAACGACUACCGCUACAAUCGACCUGUUUGCAAUACAUGGGUAUUGGGAUCUGACCUCAUUGGUCUGUCAGUAAGCUAUGUCUACAUGGGUAUUUGGGAUCUGACCUCAUUGAUCUGUCAGUAAGCUAUGUUUACAUGGGUAUUGGGAUCUGACCUCAUUGAUCUGUCAGUAAGCUAUGUUUACAUGGGUAUUGGGAUCUGACCUCAUUGAUCUGUCAGUAAGCUAUGUCUACAUGGGUAUUGGGAUCUGAUCGCAUUGAUCUCUCAGUAAGCUAUGUUUACAUGGGUAUUGGGAUCUGACCUCAUUGAUCUGUCAGUAAGCUAUGUCUACAUGGGAUCUUACCUCAUUGAUCUGUCAGUUAGCAAUGUCUACAUGGGUAUUUGGGAUCUGACCUCAUUGAUCUGUCAGUAAGCUAUGUCUACAUGGGUAUUGGGAUCUGACCUCAUUGAUCUGUCAGUGAGCGAUGUCUACAUGGGUAUUGGGAUCUCAGCUAUAGUAUAAUCCAGCAAAGCAGUCCUACCAGCUAGCAGCGUAACGAACCUUGUCUGAUAGCCAAUCAACCGUCAACUGUGGCCCAUGUACCCAGUGUAAAGUUACACUGGGUACAUGGGCCACAUAAAUCAUUAGGAAGGCACUGUUCCCAGGUCGUCAUUGUAAAAAAUUAUUUGUUCUUAACUGACUUGUCAAUUUAAAUAAAGGAAGAAAAAAGGGAA